GUUCUGCGUAAACGCUGACACACAACACAUUCCUGCUAAUACAAUGAAUCUGUAAGAACAUAAAGCAGAGACGAUGGUGAGAAGAAUCAAAGAUAUAUCUGAGCUGCAGGAGUCUGGAUUCGGUCAGCCGUGGCCCCGACAUGGACUCAAACUCUUGUAUUGGUUUGCGGAUGAAUGCAUUUCUGAUGCAUGGAAUGACGACAUGAUCCUGCUGUGUGACCCGACAGGAGGAGAUUUUGGAUUUCACUUUUUUGCAAACAGAUGCAACCGACCCAGUGUGAAACUUCUUCCGGAUGUGAAGUUUCACUACUACGUGGUUGGCAAUCUGAAUUCACCAGGAGCCUAUAUGUUGCCAGAUUAUGUUAGGGAAGACAACACUCGCCGUAUUGAGGACAACAGCAAUGCAGAUCGCAUCAUCGUGUGCUAUCCCGGAGAGAAUAAGUUUGGGAAGGUUUAUGUGACCACACACAAAGAUAAGUCAAAUUAUGAUCCAAGCGCCACAUUUCACAUCACCAGGACCCUCAUCUGGCUCAUCAAAGCAUAUGAUAGUAUUAAUGACUUUCUGAGGGACACGAGGUAUCGUACACCAAACCAAACUGUGCCGACCAAUAAUCCAGUGUGGUACUACAACCCAGAACUUCGUCUGUGGGUCCCUACAUUGGAUCAGCAGGCUUCCCCUUUGCUUUUGCAGAAUUAUGAUUCUGAGAUUCGUAUUGACGUGGAACCACCAUCUACUUUUUAUAACAGUGAUGUCUCAGUGAAUGUAGAAAAUGACACAGAAGCACAAAACCACUCUGAGACGUUACCCAGAAAGAAGAGAUGCUGUGAACGUUUCUGUACCAUACUAUAAUGCCUUCAUACUUUUAGCAAAAUGACAAAGAUUCAUGGAUAUUAUUUUUACUAAUAAAACUAUUAAUCUGCAGCCAUAUUAACUGUAAUGAUUUUAAAGCUGUUUAUUGAACGCAUGAGACUUUGAUGAAUAGUCACCUGACCCUGUAAUAUAAUUGAUAUAGUGCAAGUUUUUGAAAAACAUUCAUGUUGCGAGAUCUAAAUGAUUUUUAAGUGAAUUAUGCUUAUAGUGUGAUGAUUUUGUAAAACAAAAUGACUUUCAGUAGCUUACUUUAGUGAGCACUUAUGCUGUAAAAUCAUACUGUAUGUAUGUUAUGUAUUAUCAUAACCAUUUAUUAUCAAAUUAGAACAACCGAAGUAGUACUAAUUUGUUGACUGACCAGUAGGCCUAUAAAUAAUUCUCUAUCAUACGUUUUCCUUUAUGGAAACAAAAAAUAUAUUAGGUAAUAUAUAGUAAAAUAUCAUGCAAUUUAUCAAAUAAUACAUAUUGCAACC